AUGAGCUACUUACUCUGGAAGUAUUUUGGAGUGCUUCGUAAAACAAGAAAACGUUACAGAAGAGCUUAUCAAGUACGUGGUCCAUCCUUAGAACAGCAGAUUGUUGACCAUGUGGUCCAGGAUGGUCCACAUGAAUAUUACAUUGUGAAGGAACGCAAACCUCGUUCUACGCCUAUAAAAGGAAGGAAAAAACGGCAUGCUGGUCGCCGUGCUGGUGGUCGUCGUCGUCGUGUACGUCGCCGCAUGAUUAUUGAUAUUCAUUUAGAAGUCUUAGACGAAUGUCAAAAAGGGGACCUGCAUUCGAAGAAGGAAGACUUUUUUGAAAUUUUGGUUCAAGUAUUUAUGGGAAGCGAAUUUAUCAAGGAAGAAAAUAUUCCUAAGGAACAAGUUUCUAUUGUUGAUGUUCCUAAGGAAGAGGUUCGAGGUUCAGAUUCCGGUUUAGGGAAGGAAGACGUUCCUAAGGAACAGGUUCCGACUUCAAGUUCCGGGUUUAGGGAAGGAAGAGUUUGUUCCUAA